UUUGACUGAGAGGCGGAUCCAGCGGGUGGUGCUUUCUCUGACAGGAGGAAGAAGGCUUGUGACUGGCAGCGGCUUCCCGACCCUCAAAAGCCGGCUGUUCUUUCGCUACUUAAUUUAUAAAAUACUGGGAUCUAUGGCUACCAAAGGGAUGAGUCUCUGCAAUGUGUGCUGCCUGUUUCUUUAUGUUAUCACGGCGGUGCUUGCGGGGCGAGAUUUCUAUAAUAUCUUAGGGGUGAGCAAGAGUGCAUCGAUCAGGGACAUCAAGAAGGCCUACAGAAAGCUGGCUCUCCAGUUACACCCCGACAGAAACCCAGACGACCCAAAAGCUCAAGACAAAUUUGCAGACUUGGGAGCAGCCUAUGAGGUGCUCUCAGAUGAGGAGAAAAGGAAACAGUAUGACGAGUACGGAGAAGAUGGACUCAAAGAGGGUCACCACGGCUCACACAACGAUAUCUUCUCCAGCUUCUUCGGUGACUUUGGGUUCAUGUUUGGAGGCAACAGACAGCAACAGGACAGGAACAUCCCCAGAGGAAAUGACAUCAUACUAGACCUGGAGGUCACACUUGAAGAGGUGUACUCUGGGAACUUUGUUGAGGUCGUACGUGUGAAGCCUGUAGCCAAAGAAGCCCCCGGCAAGAGGAAGUGUAACUGCAGACAGGAGAUGAGGACGACGCAGCUCGGGCCUGGCCGCUUCCAGAUGACUCAGGAGAUGGUGUGCGAUGAGUGUCCCAAUGUAAAGCUGGUAAAUGAAGAGAGAACCUUGGAGGUAGAAAUUGAACAGGGAGUGAGAGAUGAAAUGGAGUACCCUUUCAUUGGAGAAGGGGAACCUCACAUCGAUGGCGAACCUGGAGAUCUACGAUUCCGCAUCAAAGUGUUGAAACAUCCUGUGUUUGAACGCAGAGGAGAUGACCUGUACACCAACGUCACCAUCUCCCUGGUGGAGGCACUGGUCGGCUUUGAGAUGGACAUUACACAUUUGGAUGGACACAAGGUCCAUAUUGUGAGAGAUAAGAUCACCAAGCCCGGCGCUCGCAUGUGGAAGAAAGGAGAGGGCCUGCCAAACUUUGACAACAUCAACAUCCGAGGUUCCCUCAUCAUCACCUUCGAUGUGGAGUUUCCUCUGACACAGCUCGAUGAACAGCAGAAAGAUGGUAUUCGGGGCCUUCUGAAGCAGGGCUCGGUACAGAAGAUUUACAAUGGACUACAAGGAUACUAACACACCGACAGACACGGUCUGGACUGAGUUAUCUGCCACACACACACACACACACCUUCAUUCAACAGGAGGGUGCUCCGUCAUUCUGGCCAGGGUGUAUUUAUUAUUUUCAAAUUGUUCUCAGGAUGGCUUGAAUCCAAUUUGUUUUUACUUUAUAAUGUUCUACAGUUUGACAGAAGUGGCACAAUUGCAGACGUUUUAUUUGAAGUGUAUAAAUGGAAAGAAUGACAUGUCUUUGUACUUUUUUUUUUUUUGUCCCUACAAUAAGGCCUUUUUGUUUAUUUUAAAAAUUUAAUUCACUUAAGAUCAAACAAACACUGUCUACUAAUGUGUCAACCACUGUACCUUUCUGGAGAAGACACUCUGGUACAGCCCACUUCUUCUGCUGAAGGAUGAGCUACUGACUAACUGGACAUCUGAAGAAGAAAAUCCCCUACCAACGUUUGAACGACUUUCAACCUGUGCAAGACCAGAACUUGGUUCUUUCUUUAAUUAGUUUUAUGAAUGUAACAGCUUCACCUGUUGAGUUAUGAAACUGUUCUGGUCAGAUUCCUGUUCAUUAAUACUUUGUAAAUAGGGAAGAACAAAGCUCACCUGUUGUGUUUUAGUUUUCCUUUUUUAUGUUGCCUCUUAUUUGUCUGUCUACAUUUGACAUAUUGCGACAGGAGAGCUGUCGGCAUUGCACAACCCCCAGGUUCACUGUGACCUCUUAAAUAAACCAGUGAAGUUUUAUUAUUUUGGAGGAAUGGGUGCAGUUUGCACAUCCUCCACUGUACUCUCCACAGUAGAACAGUUUUGUUCCACGCACCUCUGACACUCACCCUGUCCAGGCCGAACACCUCUAACUCAAAGGGACUUCAGACCAGGAAGUGUCAGCAUCCCUGUCGGGUUUUGCUGUUCCUGACUGGUAACAGUUUGGUUUUAUUGAUGGCUUGAUUGGUUUAUAAUGAGAGAAGGGGAAUCCUACCCUUCGCUCUGUUUUUACUAUCAACUGCAACGCUGCCUCCCAAUUUUAUGAGAGUGUCAUGGCCUUAAAUGUGAAUUAUUUGGCCGUUUUUACUGAGCGUUCUAGGGGAUAAUGUACUUUUGACUGACAAUAUCAAUAAAGAUUUCUACAAAUUCUGAUGAGAUGUCAUACCCCAAAUUCACCAGCAGAUGACAUCAGAGUCUAGUUAAUGGCCAUUAGUGAGUAACCCUGACCUCCAAGGAGUCGUACAGCUGCAGUGAGUGUUGUGAGACAGGAUAUGGGACUUUUCUUUCCCUGAAUUUAGCCUGUCAGGUUGCACACCACGGCUAUGAUUCGAAUGUAGCCACGGAGAAAGAGCUUCCUGAGAUGUCAAACUGUGAGAGAGGGCUGUGCCGCACGUCCAUCGGGUGUUCCUCACUGUUGGUUUCAAUUUGUUGUUUAAUUAUGGUUUUGAUUUAAUGAUUUGUAAAAAUCAGUAAAUGUAUGUAAGGUUUCACCUAAUGAAACAACAUUUAAAGCUCCAUUGUGUGACUUGUGUAGGAGCAGAUUUCUGAGGGAAAUUACCUGAUCUUUAAUCAAGUUGAAAAGCUGCCUGCAUCAGUGUGUGCUCAUGUAUCUUAAUGUUUCUUAGGAUCAAUUUGACUGUGACAUGUUGCCCAGCUGGGGUUAGGCAUGUAGUAGUGAUGGUUAAACCUGCAUUAAUUGAUGUUUUGGCCACCUGGGGGCAGUACAAUAAACUGUAAACACAUAAUUGA